AUGCCACAGAUCCUCUACAAUGGCAGCUAGAUAACCCACACUUAAAGAAUCCACUGCAGGCUUCCUGGAGGGAUUAACGGAAAGCCCUUUGACAUGAUGACGCUGGGUGCGGUAGCCUCAGUGAUUUUGGCCAUAGGAGGAGCAGCUCUGUUUUCUUCAGUUCACAAGAUUGAAGAAGGACACACCGGUGUUUACUACAGGGGCGGGGCUCUGCUGACAACCACCAGCGGUCCAGGGUUCCACCUGAUGCUGCCAUUUAUCACCACCUUCAAGUCUGUACAGACCACCCUGCAGACAGAUGAAGUCAAAAAUGUCCCUUGUGGCACAAGUGGUGGUGUCAUGAUCUACUUUGAUCGAAUAGAGGUGGUGAACUACCUCAUACCCUCAGCUGUGUACGGCAUUGUGAGAAACUUCACGGUGGAUUACGACAAGGCUCUGAUCUUCAACAAAGUUCACCACGAGCUGAACCAGUUCUGCAGUGUGCACACACUUCAGGAGGUCUACAUAGGCCUGUUCGAUCAGAUUGAUGAGAAUCUGAAGCUGACCCUGCAGGAAGAUCUGACCUUAAUGGCUCCUGGUCUUAUCAUUCAGGCUGUUCGUGUCACCAAACCCAACAUACCCGAGUCCAUUCGUAGGAACUAUGAGCUCAUGGAGAGUGAGAGGACCAAGUUGCUGAUUGCUGCAGAGACUCAGAAAGUGGUAGAGAAGGAGGCGGAGACUGAGAGGAAAAGAGCCGUUAUUGAGGCUGAAAAGGUGGCUCAAGUUGCCGAGAUCAAAUUUGGACAGAAAGUGAUGGAGAAGGAGACGGAGAAAAAGAUUUCGGAAAUCGAGGACAGUGCUUUUCUUGCGAGGCAGAAAGCUAAAGCAGAUGCUGAGUUUUAUACGGCUCAGAGGACAGCCGAGGCCAAUAAGUUGAAGUUGACCCCUGAGUACCUGCAGCUGAUGAAGUUUAAAGCUAUAGCUGCCAACAGUAAGAUCUACUUUGGCAGUGAGAUUCCUCACAUGUUCAUGGACUCUGGACCUGGAAGCAGCUCGUCCAGAACCUCCAAAGCCAUCGACGUCCUGUCUGAGGACUUACUCAACCUGGACUGACACACACACAGAGAGACACAGCUGAGCAGAUAUACAGGUGACAGUGGAGGGUGGAGGUAGCAGGAGCCCGUGGUCUGGGAGUGGACCAACUGAAGAAGAGCAACAUUAGGAAAACAACCACAGCUGCUUCAUUCCGGCUGUGGAGAGCGACUGACCGCACAGCGCUGAGUUACCGCGGCUCUGUUUACACUCUUAAACUGAAAGCACUUACAGACGUGGUCAGCAUUCAGAACAGCACAGCCUCUGUUCCUGACCAUCAGAUCAGCGUCUGACCAUGAGCUUCACACCACAUUCAGUGCUGAAGACAACAGAGUCUGUGUUCUCUGAACAGAGGACAGCAGUGCAGCCCCAAACGAGUGUCACUCUUUCUUUUUUUCUCUCACUCCUGUUUCCCCUGUCUUUUUCUUCCCCCCUCCUUCUGUCUUCUUUCUCUUUUUUCCCCCUUAUC